CUUUCAGUUGAGCGCGAGAAUUCCACGCGGGCGGACGGGGCGGAUGAACGACAUCGGUUUGUUUCGGUUGAAUUCAGGUGUCGAAAAGUGCGAUAAGAACUGAAUUCGUUUCGAAAUACAGAAAAUAAAGGCAACCGAAGUUUCAAGCUGCAACUUGUCAAACGUGUUCCCCAACAAAGUCUCUCGGCAUUUGGAAAUGUGCAGCAUUGUGCAGCGGCAAGAAAAACAGCAGCAGCCACAGAAAGGAAAACAACUCGCAUAACUGUGACUUGUAUUAAUUUUCAAGCUUUUCCAAACAGCAAACUGCAAACAAAAAGAAAAUCCUAAUCCCGCCUUGUCUUGGCAGCAAAAUGUGUGCGGCGACAAGAGCCACAAUUAGCAUUUAGAAAAGCUGCAUCAUCAUCGCGAUCCCAUCAUUAAACUCCCUAUAGAUGGAGGAGGACGUGCUGAACGCCCUGCAGACGCGGAGUGCCUACUUAUCCGGCGGAUUCGAUCGCCAGAAGCGCAUCAUCUUCGUUGUCAACGCGUUCAACGAUCUGCAGCUGUGGAAUCGCCGCUAUCUGCAGGUGACUCUGGACUAUCUGAAGCGGUCUCUCAGCGCUUCGGUGUUGCAGAAUGGCGUGAGUGUGGUGGUCAAUGCCCAGGAGAGCAGUUCGCGGAUAUCGAGGCAGCAGGUGCGCCAGAUUUACGCCCUCUUCGGGGGCGACAUUAAUGUGGAUCUGUAUCUAGUCAGGGCGGAGGGCUUCUGGGAGAAGCAUGUGGAGCCGUGCACCAAGUCCCAGGUCAAGGGAGAGCCCCUGGUGCUGUCGAAGGCGAGGCUGUUCAAGUUCAUAGAGCCGCAGAACCUGCCCGAGGAACUGGGCGGCACCUUGCAGUUCAACUACGAUCUGUGGCUGCAGCAGCGCAAGUCCAUCGACGAGUUCACCAAGUCGCAUGUGCAGACUUUGGCUUCGAUGGAGAAGCUGUUGGCUCUUCUGCGGGAGCACAAGUCUCUGCGGCCGGCGGAAGCGGAUGUGGAGCUGAAGAAGUGCGCCCAGUUGCAUGCCGGAGUCCAAAACGACAUAGAGUCCGCCAUCGACUUGGGUAACGCGAUCUUGGCCCGCUUCAACGAGGUCUACGAGACGCAUUCACCGCCGCCACAAGCGGUCGCACCUGCCUCGGAGUCCCCUGCGGGCCCCCCGCCCAUCCCUGCCCACUCCGCCACUGCAGUUUCCCCGCAGAAGCCCCUCCUGCCGCCCGAUCUCGUCUGUGAACGCGCCCGCAUCGAGUUGCGGUUGAAUGAGAUCGAAAAGAAACAGACGGCCAUCCGGACUGCCUGGCUGGAACUGCUCCGAUCUUUGAGGGAGGCACGCGAACUCUGUACUUUGGAGGAGGGGGUGUCCUUCGUCACCAACUGGAUCCUGCAAGAGGCCGAGCUGUUGCUCAGCCGCCAAAGGAGCGUUGCCGGUGAUUUUAGGGGCUGUGAGGCCCUACGUUCUGCUCACGAUCAACUGGAGCUGGAGUGCCGGGAAACCUACGGUUGCUAUGCGGAGCUGCUCUAUAAGAUCGAAAAGUUUGCCGCUGAAAGGCAGGCAUCUUCGAAGGAUAUGGACCGGUGCCAGGAUCUUUUGUCGCAGCGGGACUUCAUGCAGUUCGUGUGUCGCUCCUUUGCAAAGCGAUUGGAACGACGAAGAAAUGUCCUGAUGACCGCCCUCAGGUUCCAUCGCCUCCUCGAUCAAUUUGAGGAGUUGCUGGCCACCGGUAACCAUGUGGUGGAGGUGGACAGUAGAUCGCUUGACUGGGUCGAGGCUGAGCAGCUACUCAUGCAGCUCAGUAACAACCAGGAAAUGUUGGGCCACGUCGAGCGCGAACUUGUGCGUGAAGGUGAAAAGCUGAGCGACAUGCUGGCCAUGCCGGUGAAAGACGCUCUGGGCCGUGACCUCCAGCUGGACUACAGUGCCGAGAUUGCCCAGCUGCGCAGGCAGAUCGACGAGAGCCGGCGACGUCGUCAGGUGUGCGGACAUCGGCUGGCGCUGCAGCGGCUCACCUUGGAGCAGGUGACCCACAUCCAUGCCUACGAGGAGGACGCGCGGAGGGCGCGGGACUGGCUGCAGGAGUUGUAUGCCGUCUUGCUGCGGUGCCACUCCCAUGUCGGCUGCAACAUCCACGAGAUUCAGCUGCAGAAGGACGAGCUGCAGGGGUUCGAGGAAACCGGACGGAGCAUCUACCACUAUGGCUGCCAAUUGCUGGAGGCUUCCCAAACGCUGCGCCUCUGCUGUAAGCUGAACCCAGCAGGAUCUAGGUCACAAAGCAAUCCCAGUCAGAGUUUCAUCAGUGACGAACUGCAGCACACGUGGCACAGUCUGCAGUCUGUGGCCCAGGAGCAGAUGACCAGACUGCGCGUCUCCGCCGUUUUCCACCGCAGUGUGGAGGCCUAUUAUCGCCAGCUGAGGGAACUUCGGCCCCUUUUGACCCAGGAACUCUCCGCGCAACUGCAGCAGCAGCAAAGACAGCAGCACAACCGCAGUAGCAGUGGAAUAAGUAGCGAUGCCGAGGCAGAAUUGGAAUCGGAGCUGUCUCCUUUGGCCGAAAUGCCUCCGCGACUACAGAGGCACUUGCUGGCCAGGGAGCAACUGCUCGUCGAAGUGGGCAGAAUGGUCAGACUGGGAAGACUGCUGAAGAAGCGUCUCAAAGAGCCCUUCGUUCUGGAUGCAUUAACCGGAAAGAGUGUCGUGGCCGAUGAACUGCCCCUGGAUUGCACUGCACCAAGUCCACUCCAUGACAGUGGAAGGACCAGCAGUGCUGGAAGCGAGUUACCCGGAGAAUCCUCGCCAGCCACCGUGCAAGUGGUGCCCACAGGUAGCAACGAACUGGCCUGCGCCGCCAUUUCCCACAAGCUGGGUGCCAUAGCCGAGGUGGCCGAGUCCCUGGACGCAGUCAUCCGGGAUGUCCAGCAGCAGGAGGGCGUCACUAGCAAUGGAAUAAGCAAUGGCACUGGAGGUCAUGCCAUCAAAAAACUGGGCAGCAUUGAGGAUUGGCACUCCCGCUCCACCGAGGACGAAUCCUUCGCCACCGCCUCUGAGGGCAACUUUACGCCCAAUUCGCACUCCUCAUCCUUCCAAACGGCCUCGGGACGCACUAGCUCCUAUAUAGGAUCGGCCAAGAACUCCUUCGAUGAGGCGGACGACUCUACUUUGAGCACAUUCGAAAUACCCGAACUACCACCUUCGCCAGUCAAUAUGUCCUUUGAUAGCUCCGAAAUGAGCUACUUCUCCGCACAUCAGCAGCGCAUGAAGAGUGAGGACCAGGACAGUGUGGUGGGCGUGGCAGAGCUGCAUAGUCAGAGUGUAACGCCCACUCCGGACGAGGAGCAGCAACACCUGCUGCUGCCACUUCCAUUGCCGCAGGCCAUCGAAUCCGACAGCGAGGUGGAAGGAUUCAGUUUGGCCACCGGCAUUACGACGGAGCUAGCGCCCAGGAUGCCCAAUGCCCACACUCCGGAGGUGAGCUACCCACCCGCUGUUAACACCGCUCCAGCUUCAACUAACCCCAACGAAUCGAAACCGCCGCCUUCCUGGCGACGCAGCAAAUACUACGAGAACAUAACGAAACAGACGAUCAAGGGAUUUCUCUGAGAGAUCUGGACCACCUGCCCCAGCUGAAUGAUGAACACAAAACGAUUUCCCGCCCAAUUAACCAGCGCCAUUUGCUUCUCUGCCGAUCCUCGACAUUCUUGCCAUUAAUUAGUUGGCGUAUUAUUUUUGCUGUUUUCCCAAAACCAAUUUUAGCCCAUGAGCUACAAGUUUUUGCCUGUUUUGUUUUGUUUGCUAUUUUACUUUGCAUGAUUGUUCACUGUUUUCUGCCAAAUUUUAUUAGUUCUGUUGAACUUUAGCUUAAAAAAUACUAAAAUGCUUGAGCAAAGCCUUUUGAAAUCUUGCUCGACAAAUCUACUAUAAUUUGUUUCUUGCUUAUGUUUCCUCUGCUUUAAAACUAGUAGUAGAAAUAUUUAUUUAGUUAGUUUCAAUUAUGUCUAAGGCUUGCAAAAUUAGAGAAUUCCAAAAUGAAUAGAAAAUAUAUUUCAAAUAUUUAAAGUAAGAAUUUAAAUUCAGUUACAGCCAGUCGAAAUUUUUGCCAUUAAUCGUAUGCUUAAUAUUUAUUUAUAACUAUUUCUUCUACACAGUCACAAUACAUAGUGCAAUUAAAAACGAAAAUGUUUUACCCCAAAAAUAAAGCUAAUCAUUU